CUAAUAUAAGAUUUUAUUUAACAUCUACUGGUCAUCCUGCUAUCUAGGGGAGGGGGUGGAAGGAGGGAGGGAGAAAAUUGGAACAAAAGGUUUGGCAAUUGUCAAUGCUGUAAAAUUACCCAUACAUAUAACUUGUAAAUAAAAAGCUAAUAUUAAAAAAAAAAAGAAAGAAAGAAAGAAAUCUUGGUUAAAAUCAACAAUUGGAGAUCUGGGCCAGAUACCGAUAAGCACGUAAGCCUGGGAACUUUGGUUUUCUUUUCAAUCUGAAACCUGAAGCCUCAAGACUCCUUUUUAAAGGGCAAUUUCUGAACUCUUUGCAGAAGAUCCAAAGCAGCUUGCUCUGCUUCUAGGACCCUGCUUGCUGAGAAGACAUUCUCUUCUCAGUGCCAGCCUCCAUUUCCCUAAUAGGACUUUGCCACUAAAGAAGUCAAUCUCUUUUUUUUCCCAGUGACCGAUGGUUUUCUUUUAUAUUUAAAAACAAAACAAAAAAAAUAAUUAAAUAAACCCCCCAAACAACUCCCCAAAACAAACAAAAAACACAGAUUAAAUAAAAUUUACAGUGAACAUACCCAGCUAACAUCUGUAUGUGCAAUUAAAUACUGUGUCUAUUACUGCAGCAUGAACCUCAAACAAACAAUAUACAAAUGUUCUGAGGGGCUGGGGUGGAUAGAGUAAGAGUAGGCACAGUUUUUAACCCAUGGGAUAGGGGUGACAAGAUGGGGGGAAGUGAAAAGAGGAGGGAAAUCAAUUUAUUUUUUUCAAGAAGUCAGUCUCUUAGCAAAACUGGCUUCCUAUCCAACAAUAACCUUUCAUUUUUGUCAAUUAAUAUUUCGGGUUCAUGAAUUCUUUCAUGAAGAACCUGCUUUGACUAAAAGGUUAUUUUAACAACUCUGACUACCACUAACCUCAUCAGUAUUGAUGGAUCAAAGGGUAAUGUCCUUUGGACAUAGGCCCAAAUUGCUCUCCGGAAUGGUUGUAUCAGUUCACAAUUCCAUCAAGAGUACAUAACUGUCCCAAUCUGUCCCCAUAACUGUCAUGUCAGCCAAUCAGAUGGGUUCGAGGUGAUGCCUCAAGAGUUGUUUUAAUUUACAUUUCUCUAAUCAAGUGACUUAGAGCAUUUCUUCACCUUUUAUCAAUUUUAGAAUGACUUAUAUUCUUAUAAAUUUGACUCGGUUCUAUUUUUGAGAAAUGAGGCCUCUCUCGGAAACACUGGCUGUAAAGGUUGUUUCCCAUGGAAUGGCUUUGUUGGUUUUUUAUUGAUCAUGACAGAGGUGGGGUAGUUCCCACCAGGGCGUUCCACAGCUCCCGGACCCCAGACUGUUUUCUGACCUCCAGGGUCGUGGAUGUUGCCUUAGGAUGACUCAGAAGGACUCAGAACUGCCGCAUUCUCACACCUCAUGGGAAGGAGGGCCGGAGGGGAAUACGUCCGUUCUGAGGGAUCACUCAUCCCCAGGGAGAUCCGUAAUGACCUUUUAACAAAUAUAUAAAUCUUGUUUUAUUUUAUUUUUGCGGGUGCCGCCUUGUACUUUUUCUCCUGGGAAUUUCCCGGGGUGUCUUUUGCUGCUCCAAGCUCACCGUGGCCCUGCCUCCCUUCCCUUCCCCAAGCUGAGCAAGGUCCGGGGCUGCACUGCAGGAAACCGGCCCGAAGCAGGCCUGGCCAAAGGCUGGGGAGAUCCCGGGAGACUUCCGGGAGGAGGCGGCUCCUUAGCCCAAGCAGCUCCAGGGAAAGCGGAAAACGCUGUGACCAGAAGCCAGGCCCUCGAGACCCACGUGGAGGACUCAUGAGGUGGAGAGAGAAUCCCGGGGAUUGGUCCCUCCCAUUUCUCCGGACUUCAGCAGUUUGGCAACUAAAGGCCCAGCGCAUGCUCACAAAUCUGUACCCGUCCAACUAGGUUUCCCAGAAGGCUUUGCCGUGCAGAAGGAAGUGAUUACCAUGGCCCCGCCCCCUUUCUUUCGUAACUUCCUUUCCUAGCCUCCUGGUUGGCACCGGAAGUUAGCCACUUCCGGAUCUCGCAUCGCUCUCGACUACCAGGACUCUUCUCAGGCCUCUCCUUGUGAGGGCUCCGGGACUGGAGGGCUCGCUGGAGAGCGAGGUCCAACUUGGGAGAACUCUGCUGAGGUGAACACAAUGGCUCCUGUGCUCCUGCCCUCCAGGGAUCACCAAGAACUGGUGACAUUCAAGGAUGUGGCUGUGGAAUUCACCCCAGAGGAGUGGGGGCACCUGCACUCUUCUCAGAAAGCAUUGUACAGGGAUGUAAUGCUGGAGAAUUACAGGAACCUGGUCUGCUUGGGACUGGCAAUCUCCAAACCAGGUGUGAUUUACCAGUUGGAACAAGGGAAAGUACCUUGGAUGCCAGAGGAUGAUAUUCCAAGAACCCCCUAUCUAAAUUGGGAUACUACACCUGAAACCAUGGAGUCAACUCCAGAGAUGGACAUCUCUAUGGAAGAGUCAUUCCAAGAAAAAUUCACAAGGAGUAGUCUCUUUUUUUCCAAGUUUGGAAAAGCCUGGGAAUAUAAUGCCAUCUUAGAAAAGGGAAGUGAGGAGAAACAGUCAAGAAAAAUUAAAAACACCCCAAGGAAAAGUCCUAAACAAGGGACAGGACAUGCAUAUAAUAAAUAUAAUAGAGGCUUCUACAUAGGACCAAUCCUUUUCCCUCAACAUAGAGCAUCUGUUGAAAAGACCCUCCAUCAGUAUGAUGUUCACAAAAAGAACUGCAGAUUCUAUUCACACUUGAAUAAAUGUAAUGCUGACUGCUCAAAUAAGGUGUUUUCUAAGUUGAAUGAAUGUGAGAAAUUCUUUAAUUAUAAUUCAGACCUUAAUGUCAAUCAUAUAACACAUCCUGGAAUAAAACCAUUUGGAGGUAAUGAAUGUAAUAAGGCCUUCCCUAAUAACAUGAACCUUACUCAACAUCAAAGAAUUUCUACUACAAAGAAGCCUAAUGAAUGUAAUGAAUGUGGAAAGGUCUUCAGUCAAAAGACAGGACUUACUCGACAUCAGAGAAUUCACACUGGAGAGAAACCAUAUGAAUGUAAUGAAUGUGGAAAGGCCUUUAGCCGGAAGACGGGACUUACUGAACAUCAAAAAAUUCAUAAUGGAGAGAAACCUUAUAAAUGUAAUGAAUGUGGAAAGGCCUUCCGGCAGAGGAUACGCCUUAUUGAACAUCAGAGAAUCCAUACAGGAGAGAAACCUUAUAAAUGUAAGUCAUGUGGAAAGGCUUUCCGGUGGAGUUCAGAACUUACUCGUCAUCAGAGAGUUCAUACAGGAGUGAAACCUUAUAAAUGCAAUGAAUGUGGGAAGACUUUCUGCCGGAGGACGGGACUCACUCAACAUCAGAGAAUUCACACGGGAGAGAAACCUUAUACAUGUAAAGAAUGUGGGAGUGCCUUCCGCCAAAGAAUACGUCUUAUUGAACACCAGAGAAUUCACACUGGAGAGAAACCUUAUGAAUGUAAGGAAUGUGGGAAGGCCUUUCCCCGGAGCAUAGAACUGACUCAACAUCAGAAAAUUCAUACUGGAGAGAAACCUUAUGAAUGUACUCUAUGUGGGAAGGCCUUCCGGUGGAUAACAGAACUUAAUGAACAUGAGAGGGUUCACACUGGAGAGAAACCUUUUCAGUGUAAAGAAUGUGGGAAGACCUUCCGCCAAAGAAGAAGUCUUAUUCAGCACCACAGAAUUCACACUGGAGAGAAACCUUAUAAUUGUAAUGAAUGUGGGAAGGCCUUUCGGUGGAGCACAGACCUUACUGAGCACCAGAGGAUUCAUACUGGAGAGAAACCUUAUACAUGUAAAGAAUGUGGGAAAGCCUUUCGUCAGAGAGCACCACUUGCUCAACAUCAGAGAAUUCACACUGGAGAGAAACCAUAUAACUGUAAUGAAUGUGGCCAGGCUUUCCGCUGGAGCUCAGGACUUACUGAACAUCAGAGAAUUCAUACUGGAGAGAAACCAUUUAAAUGUAAUGAAUGCGGGAAAGCCUUUCACCGAGGCACACAUCUCAUUCAACAUCAGAAAAUUCACACUGGAGAGAAAUCUUAUCAAUGUAAAGAAUGUGGGAAGGCUUUCUGCCAUAGAACACCUCUUGCCAAACAUCAGAAAAUUCAUACUGGAGAGAAACCUUAAGAAUGUAAUGAAUGUGGGGAAUCCUUUUGCCAAAACAGAGAGCUUAGAAAACAUCAGAUAAUUUAUACUGGAGACAAAACUCAGGAAUGAAGAAAAGGCUUCCAAGAUUAGCUGAUUGCUUACUCAACAUGAGUGGGUUUGCACUAGGGGAAACUGAAUGUAAUGAAUAUGGAAAGUUCUUCCUUGAGAAUAAAUAUAGGAAUCAUAUUGGAGGGAAGUUUUGUGAAUGCAAUGAUUUUGCAUUUAAGUAGCAUGAGCAAGAUUUCAGCCAAAGCACAUAAUCACUUAAUAUUAAAGAAUGUAAAAGCAAAUUCAUAUAAA